AUGUCUGAAGCCGAGGUGGCUGGAAAUAGCCCCAAUGCCAGCUCGGAUGUCCUAUCACCAAAGAAGCCAGGCAAACGGCCGGUGUCGACAGCAUGUCAUGCAAGGAAAGUCAAAUGUUCAGGUGGGCAGCCCUGCGAUGGCUGUCGCCAAUCCAGGAAGGAAUCUGAAUGUUCAUACCCUCGCAGACAGCGCAUGGUCAAAGUAGACCAAAGAUACUUGGAGAGACUAGUCGAAGAGAACAAACAGCUUCGAAAUCAAGAAUCUGUGUCAGGUGUUCAGCAGAGACCUUCGAGUCUUGCAGCGGAGCCAUCAGUUGCAGAACCCUCGAUGGAUGAACAACCCUGGUUUCUGAGUAUUAAUAUCCCCCAUACCCCCAUUUUAGUCGGUGAAGCGUCUGAUCUCGGCUUUGCCACGCGUUUCCGCCAAUCAUUGUUAUCCGAUACCCAUGGCCAUAUUCCAAGACUGAAUUAUCCUUCAGACGAGCAGUUGCUUGGGCUGUCUGAAGCCGAAUGCGCAUGGCCUCCAGCAUCCAAGGCUCGGAUGCUGCUUCAUGUUGCCUUCAGGCAUGUCAGCGGACACUACCAUAUCGUGCGCAAAAGUCAGAUCUUGCGAGGCCUGGACAAUGUGUUGCAGAACCCCGCCUCGGCCAGCUUUUUCAUGAAGAGCAAACUUUGGGCUUUGUUUGCCAUCGGAGAACUGUACUCUGCUCAUACCGUUAACAAAGUGUACGGAUACCCUGGCAUGUUGUACUUUGCCAAGGCGACCAAAGGGCUUGCUGUGAUCAGCGAACGACCACACAUUGACGCUAUCGAGAUUCGACUGCUGCUGGCAAGAAUCAACCGCCGCCACUCAGCAUAUGUUCUGGCGGGCUCUGCAGUGCGCUUUUCAGUUGUCAUGGGCCUUCAUCUCAAUGUUCCCGAAAGCCAGCUCAGCGAUGUGUUGGUUCGAGAGCAUCGCACCAGAGUGUGGUGGACAGCGUACAUCUUUGACCGGAUGUGGGCACUGAAUCUCGGGAACCCUAUUGCUGUACCAGAUGAGGCUGUGGACGUGGCCAUGCCCUCUGAUCCAGACCCAUCUCUGUCUGAGUCAAGCGAUUUUGCAGAUGCCGCCCCUUACAUUGCCCGAAUCCAUCUGGCAGAAAUAUCAGGCCGUAUGGUUCAGUCCAUCUAUGUCCGGAAAACCCACACGACACAAGAAGUAAUGCUAUCGCAGCGUGUUCAAAGAAUUCUGAAGGACCUGCAUGAGUGGGCAGAGAAUAUACCACCCUCUUUACGUCUCGAGAAUACACUAGAGGGUUCUACUCUGAAAUCGACGUCGCUGUCGCUGUACCUUUCUUUUAACCAAAGUGUCAUUGUGGCAACGAGGCCCAUUUUGCUCUACAUAUUUCGGGCAUAUGCUUCCUCCUGGAAGGAUUCAACCGCACCUGAGCCGCAGAUCCCAGCGUCCGCUGCCAGUCUUGCUGAAGCCUGUUCUAGAUGUGCACGUGAAUCUUUGAACUUACUUACCGAACGAUGGGUCGAUGGAUCAUUUCCCACCUUCGACUACUUUUAUCCGCAGUAUCUCUUCUCUGCCGGCACAAUUGUGGCAGUAUCCAGUUUAUUGCCCAGAUCGAAAGACAAGUCUGAGAAGGACAGCGAGCAGUUUGAUUCCGCCAUAGACGUGCUUAUGGAAUUACGUGACAGCGGGCACCUUGCCGCAGCGGAGUUUUGCCAGCACUUCGAAGCUAUCAAAAUUUUGACAGACAACUUAUCAGCCACUCGUGGUGAUCCUGAUGAACCGCCAUCCAUCUUGAAGAACCUAACUGCCUUUAAUAGCCCACCAACGGCUACGGCACUUGCUAUCAACUCUAUUGUGACGCCUGGGAAUACUGCUAGUCUACCGGGGCAGUCUCUACAAGAGCUGCUUAUGCCUCCCAGCCUCGACCUUGAGUUUAUCGAUAGCACACUCUUCCAGGAUAUCUCGCAAGGUCUCUACUGGCCGAAAAUUUCUCCAGAGAACGCGGGAGAGGAGGACUGGACAUCUGUUAAUUCUCCGAGUCACUAA